AUGGAUGUCACAUGCGGCAUCAACGUCGUCGCUGUAUGUCCGCGCGUCCUCCAGUAUGACCUCGUUGCGCUCCACCUCGAUCUUUGGGGCGCCGUGCUGGAAAACCUCCGAGGGAACAUCGCUGACGUCGAUUUCCGUUUGACGUUUAUCAGGUGA